AACGGUUGGCUUUUAAUUGCUUGUUGGGCAAUGGGCACUGACGUAGGAGUAAAGAGAAGAAACUUGGAAGGAUGGUUUUUGUGUGCAUUGCAAGCCAAGCCUCCAUUAACAAUGGUAACUUCAACAGCAGCUGCUUUACUAGUCGUUUUAACAAGCCUUCAAGCUGCCGCUGCUUUUACUUUGCCUCUCCACAUUCAAAAGGAAUGUAAAUAUUGGGAAGAAGAGUUAUCUGCUGGUUCUGGUUCUGGUUCUGGUUCUGGUACUGGUUGUAUCGGUGAAGAAGCUGCAGGAAAUCAACACAGAAAAGGAAUUGCAUCAAUGUCUGCAGGUGUGCAGUUGCAGAUUCAGGACGACCAAGUGGUGAUGGACAAUGGCAUCCUCCAGCUUACAUUAACAAAUCCAGGAGGGGCCAUCAUUGGAAUUCGAUUCAAUGGAAUCGACAAUUUACUUGAGCUUCACAACCCUGAACUGAAUGGAGGGUUUUGGGACCUCAAUUGGGCCCAGCCGGGAAAUUUAGGCACAAGAGGCAAAUUUGAUAGGCUUAAUGGAACAAGCUUCAAUGUCAUAGUGGAAAAUGAAGAUCAAGUGGAGCUCUCAUUCACAAGGACAUGGAACACCUCACUUGAAGCCGACUAUGUCCCUUUAAACAUAGAUAAAAGAUUUGUACUGCUUAGUGGUUCAUCAGGCUUCUAUUCCUACGCAAUUUUCGAGCAUUUGGAGGACAUGCCUGCUCUUAUCCUCUACGAAACUAGGAUUGCUUUUAUGCUCAAAAUAGACAAGUUUCACUACAUGGCUAUGGCAGAUGACCGGCAAAGAUACAUGCCUUUACCGGAUGACCGGCUACCGGGAAGAGGCCAACAGCUAGCCUACCCAGAAGCAGUCCUCCUUGUCAAUCCCAUCGAGCCAGAAUUUAAAGGAGAGGUGGACGACAAGUACCAAUAUUCUUGUGAAAAUAAGGAUAACAAGGUUCAUGGAUGGAUUUGCUUUGAUCCACCAGUUGGGUUCUGGCAAAUCAGCCCCAGCAAUGAGUUCAGAACUGGGGGACCUCUCAAGCAGGAUCUGACCUCCCAUGUCAAUCCUACCACUCUUGCAAUGUUUGUAAGUGCCCAUUAUGGAGGAGAAGAUUUGGCGCUCCGGUUCGAAGCCGGGGAGCCAUGGAAGAAGGUCUUUGGACCUGUUUUCAUCUAUCUCAACACUCUGCAAGAAGAAACUAACCCAUUUUGGCUCUGGCAAGAUGCCAAAGAACAGAUGAAGAUUGAAGUCCAAAGCUGGCCAUACAGCUUCCCUAACUCAGAUGACUUUCCCAAGUUUCAUCAAAGGGGUACUCUGACCGGCAGAUUCCUAGUCCAAGACUGGUACGUCAGCGACCAACCUCAACUCGCAAAUGGAGCUUAUAUCGGCUUAGCCACGCUGGGAGAAUCCGGGUCAUGGCAAAAAGAAAGCAAGGGCUACCAAUUCUGGACCACUGCAGAUGAAGAAGGCCAUUUCUGCAUCAAGAACAUCCGUCCCGGCGACUAUAAUCUCUAUGCUUGGGCACCUGGUUUCAUUGGAGAUUAUAUUAGCGAUUUUUCGAUCACCAUAACCUCAGGCUGUGAAAUUGACGUGGGUGAUCUUGUGUUUAAACCUCCAAGAGAUGGAUUAACUCUCUGGGAAAUAGGUUUCCCGGAUCGAUCUGCCGCAGAGUUUUAUGUUCCUGAUCCUGAUCCGAAAUACAUAAACAAGCUCUAUAUCAAUCAUCCAGAUAGGUUUAGACAGUAUGGAUUGUGGGAAAGAUACGCAGAUUUGUACCCAGAACAAGAUUUAGUUUACACAGUUGGCGUCAGUGACUAUCGACAGGAUUGGUUCUAUGCUCAGGUGAACAGGAGAAGUGGCGACAAGACAUAUGAAGCAACAACAUGGCAGAUUAUGUUUGAGCUUGAAAAUGUGGACGAGGAGGGAAGCUACAAGCUGCGUUUGGCACUCGCCUCUGCCACACAUUCCAUUCUAGAGGUCCGAAUCAACAAUGGAGAAGCAGAGCCACCUCAUUUUUCAAGGGAAAUUAAAGGGAACGACAAUGCAAUUGCAAGGCAUGGAAUUCACGGACUCUAUUAUCUGUUCACAGUGGACAUCCCUUGUGAUCAACUCAUCCAAGGCAACAACACCAUCUUCCUAACUCAAGCGAACAACUCCAACACUUUCUAUGGCAUCAUGUACGACUACAUUCGCUUGGAAGCUCCCUAAUUAAUUCCACCCCCAAAUUCUCAUUUCUGAAACAUAUUAAUUACUUCCCUCGAAACUGUAUUCUUAACACAAAACAAUUGCAUUUAUUGGUAUUGGCAUCGAUUCAAUAAAGCCUAAAAGAGCAAGCAA